AUGCCUACGCUUUCCUUCUUAUCAUUGCUCCAACAACAGCGCGGCAAGAAUCCGAAGGCCAAUCGAAUCGGCCUUGGUGCCUCCUUCGCUGUAUAUUGCUACAUGAGCCCAGUCGGCCACAAUCCUUGUGACCUAUCUUGCAGCAACCCGAACAACGAAAAGGUCACUCAGCGGCGAUUCGUUUGGGAAUUUUGCCAAUGGCCUUGCACCUUUACUACAGCCACUGUAGAGCGAGUCCUUCAGAAGAGUUUCGAUCGCCCUGAGGCCAUGUAUCACCUGUCUCGCUUUUGA